CUCUAUCAUGCAGUAAAGGCUCUGAACUUUGACCUGUUCGGUUCUUAUCUGGAAAAAAUAAGCUCUCUAGCUCUCAUCGAUUUAACAGUAGUUAAUGGAUUUGUAACUGCUUAGGUAGGAAAGUCAUAAAAGUAAUUUGAGCACAAGGGGUGGGACUCAGAGAGCAGGGCGUGGAUACGCACCCAAAACGGAUGGGAGAUGAACGGGUAACCCUGGUCACCCGAAGCAGCACGACUGCGGGACCUCAAGCCAAAGAAGUCCCAUCAGUCCAACAGAAAGAACAUAAAGAAAAGUUAUAAUUCGUUAUGUUACGUCUCUGGAUAAGUCAUCAUCGCGCAAAUAUGGCGUGCAUUUGAUUUAGUGACUCUGAGACGCAAAAAAAAAACAAUGUGAUUCUCACUAAAGGUUUAGUCUUGCAACAAAACCCUGUUAUUUUACACUUAAUACGGCAUGAUUCCUCCGUUUAAAGUUUUGUUUCUUGCGACGCAAAGACACUCAUGGGAUGUUGGACAACGAGUUGCGACUUGGGACACCUGAAAGCGCGCUCCAAGGUGUCUGUGCUCUUUACCAUGAUCCUCAUAUUCACCUAUUUAUUCUACUGUCUCACCGGAUUCUGCGAUUCCAUGCCGAGUCCGCUGUUCGUCCAUCAGAAUUUCAGAAGCAAACUUUUCCCAAAGGAAGCGAAGAAACUGUCGCACUGGAACGGCUCCGUCGUUCGCGAACUGCCCGAGCAGGAUGCGACAGACGUGGAAGAGGAGAAGCGGCAGCGAGGUUUAGCUUAUGACAGCAAUCUCUCCGUGUCAAACAACUUUGGGACCAAAGAGUUUCCUCAGGCAAUUAUUAUCGGCGUGAAAAAGGGAGGAACGCGCGCGCUUCUGGAGUUCCUGCGCGUGCAUCCAGACGUGAGAGCCGUGGGCGCGGAGCCGCACUUCUUCGACAGGUUCUAUGAGAAGGGGCUCCAGUGGUACCGGAAUCUAAUGCCGCGUACUUUAGAUGGCCAGAUCACCAUGGAGAAAACACCCAGCUACUUCAUCACCCGUGAAGCAGCGCCCCGCGUCUUCUCCAUGAGCCGCAGCACCAAACUCAUCGUGGUGGUCCGUGACCCCGUGACCCGGGCCGUGUCUGACUACACUCAGACUCUGACCAAAAGCCCCGGCCUGCCGUCCUUCCAGAAUCUGGUCUUCAAGAACUCCACCACGGGUCUGAUCGACACGUCCUGGAGCGCCGUGAGGAUCGGCAUCUACGCCAAACACCUGGAGCACUGGCUCAGGUAUUUCCCACUCGCGCAGUUUCUUUUUGUGAGCGGGGAGAAGCUGGUGACGGACCCCGCGGGAGAAAUGGGCCGGGUGCAGGAUUUCCUGGGACUCAAACGGGUGGUGACCAAUAAGCACUUCUACUUUAACCAGACUAAAGGCUUCCCCUGCCUCAAAAAGCCCGAAGGAAGCAGCAGACCGCGAUGCCUGGGGAAAUCGAAAGGCAGACCGCAUCCACACAUACCAGCAGAAGUGCUGCACAGACUCAGGGAUUUCUACAGGCCUUUGAACAUGAAGUUCUACCAGAUGACUGGUCAGGACUUCGGCUGGGAAUAAACACUUGCAGGACCCUUUCUGAUAAUGCAGAAAACAAUGAAACUCUUAAUUUAUGACUGAUUGAUAUUGAUUUUCAGUAUCUUCACCCUGAGUACUCGCAGAAAUUACUAGUAAAUUUCACAAUUAAUUACACACACACACACACACACACACACACACAAAUGGCAAGUGCAAACAAAGAGAUUACUGGCCACAGACUGAAUGUAAUCCAAGUUGAAAAGGGUAUAGCAAAAAUAUAUCUUAUUAUAUAAACAUCAUAGUGUACAGUGUAAAUGAAUUCAAAAAUAAACCAGCACAAGCAAA